AUGGGAAUGGAUGAUGACCCAGAUCCGGAGAUGCAGACCGGAACACUGGGCCACCCUAUAAGCAUAUCAAGUGGAUCUCCAUUUCAGGGAUCACCAUACCGUGGGCCCGAUUCGUUUCAGGAGAAGAUGGCCACUUAUGAUUGGUACUUUACCCCAUCAUACCAUAGCUCUCCAGCUCAACCUCCCUUGGAUGAGCCCCAGCUUCAGGCAGUUUCACCUCCACCACUUCCUGUUGAGGAGCCACCUCAGCAGCCACCUCAGCCACCUCCCGAGCCUCCGAGGCAAAGGAGGAACGCACGUUCUUCUGGGUAUAAUCCUUUUGAAAACACAUCGGGAUAUCCAUCAGACUAUGGGAACCAGGAUCCCUACCUUACCGCUGCUCAAUACCAUCAUCUUUACCCUUCUUCUUACCCUCUAGUUUAUCCAACUGGAUACCCAGUACAGGAUUACCAGUACCCGCCGUACCAGCAACCUCCUCCUCCCCAGCAGCUACAGCAGCAGCAGCAAACUCAGGAAAUCCUGGAGAGGUUAGAUAGGGUUGAGCAGAAAGCUAGAAAAACCAAGGAGAAGCAUAAUAGCUUCAUGAAGGGCCUUGCAAACCUUAUCAAAGGAAAGAAGAAGUAG